UUCAUUCAAUCGGCUCUUAGUUGCAAAAAAAUUUCAUUCAUCGCCGAAAGCUGAAAAUGGAGUACGAAGGAAUUCUUCUGGGAAUGGGAAAUCCUCUUUUGGAUAUUUCCGCCGUCGUUGAUGAAGCAUUUUUAGACAAAUACGAUCUUAAGUCGAACAAUGCGAUUCUCGCAGAGGAGAAACACUUGCCCAUGUACGAUGAAAUGGCAUCUAAAUACAAAGUGGAGUACAUUGCCGGAGGUGCUACUCAAAAUUCAAUCAGAGUUGCACAGUGGAUGCUUCAAAUUCCUGGUGCAACUGCUUACAUGGGCUCGAUUGGCAAGGAUAAAUAUGGGGAGGAAAUGAAGAAAAAUGCAAAAGAAGCUGGUGUUAAUGUUCAUUACCAUGAAGACGAAUCUCCAACUGGAACCUGUGGUGUAUGUUUGGUUGGCGAUGAAAGAUCACUUGUUGCCAAUUUGUCAGCUGCAAAUUGCUAUAAAAUUGAUCAUUUGAAGAAACCAGAAAACUGGGCAUUGGUUGAAAAGGCCAAGUACUACUAUAUUGCCGGGUUCUUUCUCACAGUUUCGCCAGAGUCCAUCAUGCUUGUUGCUGAGCAUGCAGCUGCUAAAAACAAGGUUUUUACAAUGAACCUUUCUGCCCCGUUUAUCUGCGAGUUCUUCAAGGAUGUACAAGACAAAGCAUUCCCGUACAUCGACUAUGUUUUUGGAAAUGAAACCGAAGCAAGAACUUACUCCAAAGUUCAUGGCUGGGAGACUGAGAAUGUGGAAGAAAUAGCAUUGAAAAUUUCCCAGUUGCCUUUGGCAACUGGGAAACACAAACGAACAGCCGUUAUUACACAGGGUGCAGAUCCAGUUGUGGUUGCUGAGGAUGGUAAGGUGAAGACCUUCCCUGUUAUUCUCUUGCCAAAAGAGAAACUCGUCGAUACGAAUGGUGCAGGAGAUGCAUUUGUCGGCGGGUUUUUGUCUCAAUUGGUUCUGGAGAAACCCAUCGAAGAUUGCGUAAAAGCAGGGUGUUAUGCAGCUAAUGUCAUUAUCCAGAGGUCCGGCUGCACUUACCCAGAGAAGCCCGAUUUCUAAAUAACACGCUUUUAAUUUGCCAUGAAGUUAAAUUUUGAUUGUUGAGAAACUUAUUGCAAUUAUUUCACAUUAUAGCAUUUCUAAGUUAUUUUUUUUACAAGGGAUUUUGAUGCUCACCCGUAUUAUUAUUAGUCGUAUUUAUCGUCCCUUGUCAGCUUCAUUAUUUUA